UCCAACUUUCAUUAAAUUUAUGAUUUCUUUUAUAAAAUAAAUAUAAAAUCCGUAGGGAAUCAGUUUGUAUCAUUUUAGUUUCAAUUAAUUAAACUUACAUUAAAUUCUACUUGUAAAAAUGGCAUCCCAAGUAGCAAAAUCAUUAUUGAAAGUAUCACGGCCCAGCUCAACAGUUAAAUUUGACUCUGCCAGGAGGGCUCUCAGUGUAGGAGCUGCUUUGCAACAGAAGAAGAGUCUUCCAGACCGCACCGGCAAGAAUGUGGUCCUUGUGGAUGGAGUCAGGACGCCUUUCCUGGUGUCCUUUACCGACUACGCCAAGAUGAUGCCUCAUGAACUGGCUAGACACUCCUUGUUGGGUCUCUUGCAAAAAACUGGUGUUUCCAAGGAUGUGAUCGACUACAUAGUGUAUGGUACUGUCAUCCAAGAGGUGAAGACCUCAAACAUUGGCCGAGAGGCUGCUUUGGCAGCUGGCUUCAGUGAACACACCCCGGCUCACACCGUCACCAUGGCUUGUAUCUCUUCCAACCAGGCUAUCACCACUGGUAUCGGUAUGAUCGCGGCGGGCGCGUACGACGUGAUCGUGGCGGGCGGCGUGGAGUUCAUGUCGGACGUGCCCAUCCGUCACUCGCGUAAGAUGCGCUCGCUGCUGCUGCGCCUCAACCGCGCCAAGACGCCCGCGCAGCGCCUGUCGCUCAUCGCCUCCAUCAGGCCCGACUUCUUCGCGCCCGAGCUGCCGGCCGUAGCGGAGUUCUCGUCAGGCGAGACGAUGGGUCACAGCGCGGACCGGCUGGCGGCGGCGUUCGGCGCGUCGCGGCAGGAGCAGGACGAGUACGCGCUGCGCUCGCACACGCUCGCACACGAGGCGCAGCAGAAGGGAUACUUCACCGACCUUAUGCCUAUUAAGGUGGAAGGCAAGGACGGCGUGGUGGCUGCGGACAACGGCAUCCGCGUGUCGACGCCGGAGCAGCUCGCCAAGCUGAAGCCCGCCUUCAUCAAGCCGCACGGCACGGUCACCGCCGCCAAUGCCUCCUUCCUGACUGACGGAGCCUCAGCCUGUCUUAUCAUGUCGGAGGCCAAGGCCAAGGAGCUGGGACUCAAGCCCAAGGCCUACCUGCGUGACUUCACGUAUGUGGCUCAGGACCCCGUAGACCAGCUGCUGCUGGGACCCGCGUACGGCAUCCCCAAGAUCCUGGACAAGGCCGGCCUCAAGGUCGCCGACAUCGACACCUGGGAGAUCCACGAGGCUUUCGCCGGACAAAUCUUGGCCAACCUGAAGGCUUUGGACUCUGACUGGUUCGGACAGACGUACCUCGGCCGUCAAGGAAAGGUCGGAUCUCCGGAUCUCAACAAAUGGAACAAGUGGGGAGGCUCUCUGUCUAUUGGACAUCCCUUCGCUGCGACUGGGGUGAGGCUGGCGAUGCACACAGCCCACCGCCUGGUGCGCGAGGACGGGCAGUUCGGGCUGAUCAGCGCGUGCGCCGCCGGCGGGCAGGGCGUCGCCAUGCUGCUCGAGAGGCACCCCGACGCCACCACCAACUAAAUGUCCGUACUGCCGAGAUAUUCGAUGAACAUGUAUAACAACAUAUUUACUGUAUUAUUUUCUAUGAUAUUAACAUUGUCAAAUUAUUCAUAUACUAAAUUAAGUUUCUGGAU